AUGGAGGUGGAGCGAGUCCAAGCUAUUGCUUUAUCAUCUCUAACUAACGACAAUAUCCCAAAAGAGUUUAUUCGACCAGAGGAUGAGCAACCUGCAAUCACAACAUUCCAUGGUCCGGUCCCUGAAAUCCCUGUCAUCGAUCUCAACGACCAUGAUCAGGGAAAUGUUGUCCGAUUGAUUGCCAAUGCAAGCAGGGAUUGGGGGAUAUUUCAGGUUAUGAACCACGGGAUACCCUUUGACCUGAUUGGAAGGUUGCAACAAGUUGGCAAGGAGUUUUUUGAUCUACCACAGGAAGAGAAAGAAGUGUAUGCCAAGCCAGCUGGUGCACAGACCAUUGAAGGGUAUGGAAGCAAACUUGCAAAAGAUCUUAAAGGAAAGAAGAAUUGGGCUGAUCACCUUUUUCACAGGAUAUGGCCUCCUUCAUGUAUUAACUAUCAGUUCUGGCCCAAAAAUCCCCCUUCUUACAGAGAAGUAAACGAGGAGUACGCUGAAAAGAUGAGAAGGGUAGUGGAUAAGCUGUUGAAAUGCCUGUCACUGGGGCUGGGGAUUGAAGCAGAUGUGCUUAAAGAAGGAGCAGGAGGUGAGGAGAUCGAGUAUUUGAUGAAGAUAAACUACUAUCCGCCAUGUCCACGUCCUGAUCUAACUCUUGGGGUGGCUUCCCACACUGAUAUUUCUACCAUAACUGUUUUGGUGCCCAACGAGGUCCCUGGAUUGCAAGUCUUCAAGGAUGGCCUUUGGAUCGAUGCCAAAUACAUCCCUGGAGCCCUCAUUAUUCACAUAGGCGACCAGAUUGAGAUACUAAGCAAUGGAAAGUACAAGGCAGUGCUGCACAGAACCACAGUAGACAAGGAGAAAACAAGGAUGUCAUGGCCCGUUUUCUUGGAGCCGCCCGGUGAAUUUGUGGUUGGGCCCCUUCCUCAGCUUGUUGAUGAGCAUAAUCCCCCCAAAUAUAAGCCCAAGAAAUUCAAGGACUAUAGUUAUUGUAAACUUAACAAGCUACCCCUGUGA